GUCCGAGUUUUCUCCCCCCCCCCUCCCGGCCCGCAUGGCGGCUGGUAGGUGCGUGGGGCCCGGUCCAUGGUCGCGGUCCGCCAUGGCUCCGCGGAGGAAGAUGAGCUUGAGGAAACGCCGAACUACGGCUUCCCAGGUCCACGAGAGCUACUCGGAUGAUGGGGAGUUCGAGAUCCAGGCGGAGGAUGACGCCCUGGCGCGAAAGCUGGGCCCCGGCAGAGCCUUGCCCUCCUUUCCUACCUCAGAGUAUGGAUCAGAUGUGGAGCCCGACACCCGGGAGAUGGUACGAGCCCAGAACAAGAAAAAGAAGAAGUCUGGAGGCUUCCAGUCCAUGGGCUUGAGCUACCCUGUGUUCAAAGGGAUCAUGAAAAAGGGCUACAAGGUGCCAACACCCAUCCAGAGGAAGACCAUCCCCAUAGUCUUGGAUGGCAAGGAUGUGGUGGCUAUGGCCCGGACAGGGAGUGGCAAGACGGCCUGCUUCCUCCUCCCGAUGUUUGAGCGACUGAAGGUGCAUAGCGCGCAGUCCGGGGCCCGGGCCCUCAUCCUCUCACCCACCCGGGAGCUGGCACUGCAGACCAUGAGAUUCACUAAAGAGCUGGGCAAGUUCACAAACCUCAAGACUGCCUUGAUCCUUGGUGGGGACAGAAUGGAAGACCAGUUUGCAGCCCUGCAUGAGAACCCCGACAUAAUCAUUGCCACCCCUGGUCGGUUGGUGCACGUGGCUGUGGAGAUGAACUUGAAGCUCCACAGUGUGGAGUAUGUGGUUUUUGAUGAAGCAGACAGGCUCUUUGAAAUGGGGUUUGCUGAGCAGCUACAGGAGAUCAUAGGCCGCCUUCCUGGGGACCACCAGACAGUGCUCUUCUCAGCCACAUUGCCCAAACUGCUGGUGGAAUUUGCCCGGGCAGGCCUCACAGAACCCAUACUCAUUCGUCUGGAUGUGGACACAAAGCUGAGUGAGCAUCUCAAGACCUCUUUCUUCCUCGUUCGGGAGGACUCCAAAGCUGCCGUGCUCCUCCACCUGCUGCGUAGUGUUGUGCGACCCCAGGACCAGACUGUCGUGUUUGUAGCCACAAGGUACCACGCAGAGUUCCUCACAGAGUUGCUGACAGCCCAGGGUUUGAGCUGCACCCACAUCUACAGUUCCCUGGACCAGGCAGCCCGCAAGAUCAACCUGGCGAGGUUCACACACAACAAGUGUUCCACCCUCAUCGUGACUGACCUGGCCGCCCGGGGCUUGGACAUCCCACUGCUAGAUAAUGCCAUCAACUAUAGCUUUCCCGCCAAGGGCAAGGUCUUCCUGCACCGAGUGGGCCGUGUGGCUCGAGCAGGCCGAAGGGGCACAGCUUAUUCCUUGGUGGCCCCAGAUGAGGUCCCCUACCUGCUUGACCUUUACCUGUUCUUGGGCCGCUGCAUCACCCUUGCCCAGCCUCAUGAAGUGCCCUCAGCAGGUACAGUUGGCAGCGACGGCGUGCUGGGCCAGGUGCCCCAGAGUGUGGUGGAUGAGGAGGACAGCUGCCUGCAGACCACCCUGGACGCAUCACUGGAUCUUCGGGGCCUGCACCGUGUGGUCAGCAAUGCUCAGCAGCAGUAUGUGCGCUGCCGUCCAGCGCCCUCACCUGAGUCCAUCAGGAGAGCCAAGGAGCUGGACCUGGCAGGGUUGGGCUUACACCCACUCUUCUGCUCGCGCUGUGAGGAGGGAGAACUGCAGCUCCUGAAGCUGGUGGACAGCAUCAGGAACUAUGGCAUCCGCUCGACCAUCUUUGAGAUCAACUCCUCCAGUAGGAACCCAAGCAGCCAAAUGAUGCGCGCCAAGCGGCACAAGGACCAAAAAGCUAUCACCAGCUUCCAUCAGGGGCGUCAGGAGAGGCAAGAAAGCCUAACUGAGUCAUUCGGCCUGAAGAUGCUGCCUCAGAGGGAGGAGAGAGAGGAGAACCAACUGGAAAGUGUGAAGGACAUCUUCUCAGAGGUGUACCAGAAGCAGCCAAGGCCAGGACACAACCAAGGAGCCAAAAGACGGAGGGAAGAGGCCCGACAUCGAGACCGGGAGUUCUAUGUUCCCUACCGGCCCAGGGACUUCAACAGUGAGAGGGGGCUGAGUGUUAGUGGGACUGGAGGGGCCUUUGAGCAGCAGGUGACUGGUGCAGUCCUCGACCUGAUGGGGGAUGAAGCACAGAGUAUGAGCCAAAGUCGGAAGCAGCUCAGGUGGGACCGGAAGAAGAAGCGGUUUGUGGGGCAGUCAGGCCAAGAGGACAAGAGAAAGAUCAAGACGGAGAGUGGCCGGUAUAUCAAUAGCUCCUAUAAGAGUGACCUCUACCAGAAGUGGAAGCAGAAGCAGAAAAUUGAUGACCAAGACUCUGAUGAAGAUGGGCCGUCCAGCAGGCAAAGCCCUAGGCCCCGCAGAGGUGGGAAGCGAGGCCGUAGUCAUGGUGAGUCCCAGACCCGAGCAGUCAGUGCACCCGCGCGCUCAGAACUCAAGACCAAGGAACAGAUCUUGAAGCAGCGACGUCAAGCCCAGAAGCAGCACUUUCUGCAGCGAGGGGGCCUGAAGCAGCUUUCGGCUCGCAACCGCCAACGAGUCCAAGAGCUGCGCCAGGGCGCCUUUGGCCGGGGUGCUCCCUCUAGGAAAGGCAAGAUGAGGAAGAGGAUGUAAGGAGCCAGACUCAGCCCUGGGGCUUGCUGGUAGCCCCGGUAUGGACAUCAGAGACGGGUUUCCAUGUGCUGUUGUCAGAGUCUCCUACAGGAGCCAGUAUUAAGGAGAAGUAGAGCUGUAUGACCACAGCAAGCAACAGCUGCUUUUGAUUGGGACCUUCAUUGGGUGGGGUCUUGAGGAAGCAUAGGAGUCUAAGCUAAAUAAAGGUAGGCACACCAAGUC